AUGAAUAAAACUUUGAAAGUUCAUGUUGAAGAGGCCUUAUUUGCGCUUGAUUUGGCUGAGUAUUUGUAAUAACAAAUGGAGAUGAUCGAACAAAAAUAUGGGAUUAAUUUGAAGAUAUUCAGAGGCAAACUUGGUCUUGUCAUAAGAUUCAUUAAACCAUCAGAUGAGAUGUGUUUCAAGUAUGGACUUGUAGUCCAAGGAGGUGAGGCUGUGCUUUGGCAAAUGUGUGAAGUCCCCUAAUAUCUGCCUUAGUUAAUAGAUGAUAGAAAAUCGUCAAUGCAAGUUAAAUAGCUAUUAGACUCUUAGUACGAUGACAAAGGCGUUGAUAAAUUCCAUAAUCAUGAGAUAAUCAAUCUCUAGAGCUUCCAUUAAGAUUUGCAAAGUAAGUUUGACGAUCAUACACUGCGAUAACUUAGUUUCCCUACAAGACAUCAUAACUUUGAACAUAUGAGCCCCUACCUUCGUCAUUAUUUGAAUAACCACGGUGACUCAUUCUAACUCUAUUAAGACUUCUAUAGUUUAAGAACUAGGCAAUUUGAGAAAUAAGUGAUCCGUUGGUUUUCCGAACUAUAUAGAUCUCCUAAUCCAGAAAAAAUAUGGGGUUACAUGCCUUCAGGUUCUACAGAGAAUAUUGCAUCCUAAGAUAAAACUAGAGAUUUGCCAGUUGAAGAAAUAAAAAAUGCUUAAUUUGAUUUUUCAUUUGAAGAGGUGAAGAGUAUUACUACUAGUAUUCAUAAAUGGAUUCCUUCACCCUUUCCAUCAGGCUAAGACUACACUCUUUCAACAUCAAGAAAUGGUCACGCACCUUUAUUUACAUGGGAUUAUUUGAUGAAUAAAACUUUGAAAGUUCAUAUUGAUGAAGCUUUAUUUGCGCUUGAUUUGGCUGAGUAUUUGUAAUAACAAAUGGAGAUUAUCGAACAAAAAUAUGGGAUUAAUUUGAAAAUAUUCAGAGGUAAACUUGGUCUUGUCAUAAGAUUCAUAAAACCAUCUGAUGAAAUAUGUUUCAAGUAUGGACUUCUUGUGCAAGGAGGUGAGGCUGUUGUGUUUAUUAUGCCUGAAAAAACGAAGGAACUCUGCGAUAACUUUAUUGAGGAUUUAAAAAAUGAUUUUGUUUUUAAGUCGAAAUCAUGA